UCAAUAGUAAAGGCGCGUUCUUCCGUUCAGUUUUGGGUGAAUUAUCGUCAUGAAGAGAUGCCGUGGUCUAAAAUUCAGCGGCUUAUGGCUGCAGUUGAUAUAUAUCGCUGUAGCCAUAAAUUUUUUUCGGGAAUGUGAUGCAGACAUUUUCACCAAUUCGUUUUUGGUGAGACUUCACGGCAGCCCAGGUAAACAUGUGGCUGAUCAAGUCGCCAAAAGGAAUGGAUUUGAUAACCAUGGUCCUGUAUUGGGUUCAUCGAACGAAUUCCAUUUCAUACACCGUGCUUUACCCCAUGCACGGUCUAAAAGAAGCGUGCCACAUGUACGAAGACUCAAAGUCGACCCGUUGGUGGCGUUCGCUGUACAACAAACCGGAUUCAGGCGCGUUAAAAGAGGCUAUAAGCCUUUGAAAGUCGAAGCGCUAGUGCCUGGUAUCAAACCAGCAGAAGAUCCUACGGAUCCGUAUUUUCCAUUACAAUGGUAUUUGAAAAACACCGGCCAAAAUGGCGGAAAAGUUAAAUUAGAUUUAAACGUUGAAGCAGCCUGGGCGCAAGGCGUCACCGGCAAGAAUGUUACCACAGCUAUUAUGGACGAUGGUGUUGAUUAUAUGCACCCGGACUUGAAAUUUAAUUAUAAUGCAUUAGCAAGUUACGACUUCAGUAGUAAUGACCAAUUUCCAUAUCCAAGGUACACAGAUGACUGGUUUAAUAGUCACGGGACAAGAUGUGCGGGCGAGGUGGCAGCCGCCAGAGAUAAUGGUAUUUGCGGCGUCGGAGUAGCCUACGACUCGAAAGUGGCCGGUAUUAGAAUGUUAGAUCAACCAUACAUGACUGACUUGAUAGAAGCCAACUCGAUGGGACACGAGCCAAACUUAAUUGAUAUUUACAGCGCCUCUUGGGGCCCGACUGAUGAUGGUAAAACCGUAGAUGGCCCUAGAAAUGCUACAAUGAGAGCCAUCGUAAAGGGUGUUAACGAAGGACGUAAUGGUAAAGGUAACAUAUACGUUUGGGCGAGCGGAGACGGAGGCGAAGACGACGACUGUAAUUGCGACGGAUACGCUGCCAGUAUGUGGACCAUAUCCAUUAACAGUGCUAUUAACGACGGCCAAAACGCCCACUACGAUGAAAGUUGCUCGUCAACUUUGGCUUCAACUUUUAGCAACGGUGCCAAAGAUCCAAACACCGGCGUGGCAACUACGGAUUUAUAUGGGAAAUGUACGACUACGCAUUCAGGUACCAGUGCAGCAGCUCCUGAAGCAGCUGGUGUAUUCGCUUUAGCCUUAGAAGCCAAUCCUAAUUUAACGUGGAGAGAUGUACAGCAUUUGACGGUUUUGACAUCUAAACGAAAUUCCUUGUUCGAUGCGAAGAAUCGGUUUCAUUGGACAAUGAAUGGUGUCGGAUUGGAGUUUAAUCAUUUGUUCGGAUUUGGGGUAUUGGAUGCGGGCGCGAUGGUUGCCUUGGCCAAGCAGUGGAAAACAGUACCUCCGAGGUUUCAUUGCGAAGCCGGAUCUGUGAAAAAUAUUCAACCAUUUUCCAGUGAAAAUUCCUUAUUUCUCGAAAUCAAAACGGGCGCUUGUAAAAACACAGAAACCGAAGUUCGUUAUCUUGAACACGUUCAAGCGGUGAUAACGCUGAAUGCAACUCGCAGAGGAGAUAUCGAAUUGUAUCUAACGUCGCCGAUGAAAACGAGAUCGAUGAUAUUGAGCAAACGAGUGAACGACGACGACCAUAGAGAUGGUUUCAUGAGAUGGCCUUUUAUGACGACGCAUACGUGGGGUGAAUACCCUCAAGGAGUAUGGACUUUGGAGGUUAAAUUCAAUUCAAAAGUUCCACAAUCCGGAUUCUUUAAAGAAUGGACGUUGAUGCUUCACGGACCCAGAGAGCCGCCAUAUAACGAUCUUCCAGUUAGUGAUCCUCAUUCUAAACUAGCUAUUGUUAAAAAAGCGCACAAAGAUCAAAAUAAAAUGUAAAAUAUUAUUUUCGAUUUUCUUUUUGGUGAAAAUUUUCAAACAAAAAAAAAUGUUGGCUAAGAAAGAUAAAUAUUAUUGUUUUUUUGGUUUUAUGAAUUUUGAUUUUUUUCGUUGUGUGAACAGUUUUAUCUAUUUCGAGAUUUUAAUUUGUGAAUUCGUUAUUAUUUUCAUGAGAGAGUCGUAAGUACCUACCAUUUUUUUUCUAGUUAAUUUUACGAAACAUUAAAUACCGUUUGUUUUAUAUGUAUUUUUUUUCCUUCGGUUACUUGCGAUACUCUCAGUCCAUUUUCGGUACAAUAUUAAUUUUAAAAUUGAAAACAAAAGGCUUAGAUAUUGGAAAUUUUUUUGCUAAUUUCAAUUUUACCUCUGUAACUGUCUGUAAAAGUGUUGAAUUUUCAUAAAUAUAUAUUUCUCGUACCGUUAUAAAGUAUUACUCGUGUGUGCUGCGAUGCUGGUGCUGGUGCUGGUUUUCUUUUCUAAUCCGCUACUAAAAAAUGUGUAUCCACAUAUCAACUUGCGGUGUCGCCGAAUCUACGUACAUAUAUUAUUAUGGGACCAUUCAUUAAUACCUAUUUAGACCUUGUAGAUAACAACAAAGCGAUAUUGGGAAUACAAAGCAUAUGGUACGAAUUUCGAAAUUUACCUACCCACGUCUAGUCAAAAUUACCUACACUUUAGGGAAAAUUAAAAAUUUAUAUCUAGGUAUCUAACUACGUUCGUUAUGAGAAUUUUUAUUGAAAGCAACUUAGUUACCAUAUGAAAAUAUCUAACGUAUUUUAAACGGCACUCUCCGUAUGUCUGUGUAUAUAAUAUUGUACUUAAGAUUGUGGAACUAUAUAAAUGUUAUUAAAAUAUAGCCUUAUAUUUUGACACUUUAUUUUAGAUAUUUCAAUGUAUUUUACCAAUAAAUGUUAUCUACACAAA